UAUUUAGAUCCAGGCGCUGACUUCGAACCAUUAUACCUUCCCAACCAGUCGUCAGUGGGCCAACCACCCGAAGCGAAAAUAUUAAGUUUUUGAAACGAAAGUGAAUUUUUGUCCGCGACCAGCUGCAAACGUGCGACAGUGCUAUCCCUACAUUGAAGUUCUGUGACAACGCUCCAUUCCAGGGCAGGGCUUGAAGGCACGAUUUGCGUCCGAUUUAUGGGUGCGAUUUUAAAAGCGAACCGCCAAAAGGAAGACGGAAGUGAAAAUGAAAUUAGGAUUUUGUUUCGGCAUAACAUUCCUUGCGGCUCUCGGCCAUUCCGCAUUGGCACAAUCGGCCGGCUGCGAUUACUAUAGGCAAAUUGAUUCUGGUCAAACUUACACCAUUUACUCGCCAAACUACAGCGGCCUCUACCCGGCGAAUACCGACUGCCGAUGGGUGCUGACGACGACACCCGGCUCCAGGAUAGCGCUGACCUGUUCGGACGUUUACAUACCACAGAGCACAUCCUGCUACUACGAUAAGCUGGUGAUUUCGACCGGUGGGAAAAUGGAUCUUUCCGAUGCCAAAGCAUAUUGCGGCACUGGGACGAUUGCGGCCGAGUCUACCGGAAGCUCGAUGGUGGUGGCACUGCAGGUUCCAUCGACGACCUACGGAGGGCGGGUGUACUGCACCGCUACCAAGAUCAACUGCCAGUGCGGAUUGAGGCGUAAGAAAAAGAUAGUCGGAGGUACGGAGACGCUUGUUAACGAGUUCCCGAUGAUGGCUGGGGUGGUGGAUGUUGCAAGUGGGGCCGGAAUUUUCUGCGGAGCAACCAUUAUAACAAACUACCAUGCGCUAACAGCAGCUCACUGUCCAACCGGACACAGCAUAUCUAAUCUGGCACUACUCGUCGGUGAUCACAACAUUUCCACUGGAGCAGAAUCGACAUACGCAGCCCUGUACCGAGUGGCCUUGAUAAAAAUUCACGAGUCCUACAGCAAGCUCACCAACCUAAACGACAUAGCCCUAAUGAGGACCACCACGGAGAUGGUCUUCUCGAACGGUGUCAGCCCGGUAUGUCUCCCGUUCAAGUACUACGGGGCAUCCUUCGUGGGAAUCGAACUCGAAGCCGCCGGUUGGGGUUCCACGGAUUUCGGUGAUCCCAAAUCGAACGUUCUGCUCAAAGUUGGCCUGCCGGUGAUUGAUCCCAGUCAGUGCGCCAAGACUUACGCCAACUUCGCUGCGACGCAGAUUUGUACCUUUGCCUCGGGGAAAGACACGUGCCAAAGUGACUCUGGUGGACCGCUGUUCUACACGGAUUACUAUAAUGGACUCGUUUAUCUGGUCGGUAUCGUUAGCUACGGGAUGGCAUGUGCUACCAAUGACCCAAGCGUGAGUACCAGGGUAACAGAGUAUAUCUCUUGGAUAAUGCAAAACACCGCUGAAUGGAAUUAUUGUUAUCAAUAAAGUGGAAGGGGGUUCUGCGAGGAA